AUGUCUGACUCGCUAGCAAAACAGGUUGAGGUAUUAGUUGUUGAAGAUAAAAAGGUCACUCCAACUGGUGAAGUCGCUGGAGCUGCUGGAGGAGCCAUUCCAGCUGCUGUUGCUGGUACCGCUGGUGUUGACUCAGCAGCCGCUGCCUCUGCCACCAACCCAGCCGAUGCUGCCUCUGCCAUUGAUCCUAAGCCUAAGGCUAAGAAAGCUGCAGCACCAGCCGGAGGCAAGGUUUCAAGAAAGGACAAGAAGAAGGAAGCUGCAUCUCAAAAUUCGUUGUUCUUGGAACCUCAACCAGCAUUCAUUGAUGAACGUAUCAAGAUGUUCGAUGAGUUAAAGGCCAAGUACGACGAGUCAAUUGCAGCCAAGGAACGUUUCCCAAUCAAGAUUACCCUCAAGGAUGGAACCGUCAAGGAAGGUACCAGCUAUGAAACUACUCCUUUCGAUAUUGCUAAGGAAAUUGGUAAGUCUUUCGCUGAAAGACAACUUGUUUCUAAGGUGAACGGAGAAGAGUACUGGGAUCUUGACAGACCAUUGGAAGACUCUGUCAAUUUGGACUUCUUGGAUUUCGAACACCCAGAAGGUAAGAGAGUGUUCUGGCACUCUUCUGCCCACGUCAUGGGUGAAGCCUGUGAAGGCCAUUACGGAUGUCACUUAUCUCAUGGUCCUCCAACCGACGACGGGUUCUUCUACGACUUGUCUAUUAACGAUGGGGAAGGUGUCGUUGCACAAUCAGACUACGCCAACUUGGAAAAGUGUAGUACCAAGGCCAUCAAGGAAAAGCAAAAGUUCGUUAGAUUGGUAAUGACCAAGGAAGAAUUAUUGAAGAUGUUCCACUACAACAAGUACAAGGUCCAUUUCAUUAGCGACAAGAUUGCAGAUGGUGCUUCCACCACUGUUUACAGAUGUGGACCAUUGAUUGAUUUAUGUACCGGUCCACAUAUCCCACACACUGGUAGAAUUAAGGCUUUCAAGGUGUUGAAGAACUCUUCCUCUUACUUCCAAGGUGACGCUACUCAAGACUCCUUGCAAAGAAUUUACGGUAUUUCAUUCCCUGACAAGAAGUUGAUGGAUGAACAUUUGAAAUUCUUGAAAGAAGCUAGUGAAAGAGAUCACAGAAAGAUUGGUAGAGAACAAGAAUUGUUCUACUUCAAUGAAAUGUCUCCAGGUUCUGCCUUCUGGUUACCACAUGGUACUAGAAUCUACAAUAAUUUGGUUGAACUUGUGAGAACUGAAUAUAAACAAAGAGGUUAUGAUGAAGUCAUUACUCCAAACAUGUACAACUCCAAGUUGUGGGAAACCUCUGGGCAUUGGGGUAACUAUAAGGAAAAUAUGUUUACAUUUGAAGUAGAAAAGGAAAGCUACGCCUUAAAGCCAAUGAAUUGUCCUGGUCAUUGUUUAUUAUUCAAGUCAAGAGAAAGAUCGUACCGUGAAUUGCCAUGGCGUGUUGCUGAUUUCGGUGUUAUCCACAGAAACGAAUUCUCUGGUGCAUUAUCUGGAUUAACCAGAGUUCGUAGAUUCCAACAAGAUGAUGCUCACAUUUUCUGUACUGAAGACCAAAUUGAGAAGGAAAUCGCUGGUGUAUUUGAUUUCUUACAAAGAGUCUAUGGUAUUUUCGGAUUUGAGUUCAAGAUGGAAUUAUCAACCAGACCUGAGAACUAUGUUGGUGAAAUCUCCACUUGGGACAAGGCUGAAAAGAAUUUAGAAAAUGCAUUAGAUAAAUUCUUAGGAAAGGGUAAAUGGGAAUUAAAUCCAGGUGAUGGUGCCUUCUAUGGACCAAAGAUUGAUAUUGUUAUCAGUGAUGCUUUAAAGAGAUGGUUCCAGUGUGCUACUAUUCAAUUAGAUUUCCAAUUACCACAAAGAUUUGGUUUAGAAUAUAAGUCUGAAACUAACGACAAGGAACAUGCUAUGCCUAGACCAGUCAUGAUCCACAGAGCUAUUUUAGGUUCAGUUGAAAGAAUGACUGCAAUUUUAACCGAACAUUACAAGGGUAAGUGGCCAUUCUGGUUGUCACCAAGACAAAUCUUAGUUGUUCCAGUUGGUGUUAAGUACUUUGAAUACGCUCAAGAAUUACAAGAUAAAUUGAGUAAGAAGUAUGGAUUCUACGCUGAUGUUGACGUUUCUGGUAACACUUUACAAAAGAAGGUUAGAAGCGGUCAAUUAUUACAAUACAACUUCAUCUUUAUUGUCGGUGAACAAGAACAAGAAGAGCAAUCUGUAAAUGUUAGAAAUAGAGACAUUCAAGAAGAACAAGGUAAGAAUGAUAUGGUUAAGUUUGAGGAUGUUGUCAAACAAUUGACUUCCUUAAAGGAAAGCAAGAGGGGUGACAAUGUGCUUGUAUAG